AAAGUGCACCUCUGUAAAAAUUGUUGGAUAUAGACUUAUAGAUAAUUUGGAGUUACCAAUUCAACCAUGGGCUAUUAUGUGUGCGAGAUCAUAUGAUUUAUAUCACUUCUGCCAUAUCUCUAUAUACUACGUUGAUUUGUUCCUGUUGUAUGUGGUUCUUGACAAUGAAUAGAAAACAUGGUUUGUUUUUGGUAUGAGUUUCUCAUAAGACUCACUGUUAUUAGAGGAAGAGCUACUUGAAAACUGGAGUGAUAUAUUAAUGAAAAGAGAGAAAUGUAAGAGGGGGAGUUUAGUAGAAAGGGGGUAUUUUUGAAAAAACAAUAAAAAAAAUACAGGGAGUGUAUUAGUUAGAAAAGGGAGUGCAAAUAGAAAUUGCUCCUAGUUUAUUUUCAGAAAAAUCUGGCCUGGCGUAGGCCAUAGUCGAGGCUUGUCCUAUUUCCACACCUAUAUUUGUAUAAUCCAAAGUUGUCCUGACCCAUCACUCAUUGAUCAUUUUCUGGAUGCUUUAGGCUUCUCUAGACUGCCAGUGUAGGUGUAGACGCUCCACGGAUCCUUUAAUAUAAUCAAAGCUUUCUCUAGGUUUAGUAUCUCAAACCACUUUUGGAGAAAAAAAAUAAAAAACAGACACAUUUGAGGUGCUAUAUCAUUUAAUGGGUUUAUGGAGAGUGCUUCCAUCUUCUUGCUAGGUCUACUUGAAUGAUCAUGGACUUGUUCACUAAUUUGUUGUGUCAAGGACAUAUUUUAUGAUUUGUUAAACUGCAUUUGGGAUUAAUACCUUACAUGUUUUUUGUAAGAGGAAUUCUCAGCCAACUUUAACAAAAGAUGCAGGAUUCCUCAAUGCCAAUACAUGAAUUUUGGGUGGGCCAACGGGUACAUGCAUCUGAUGAUUCACGGAGAAUUGGUACAGUUAAGUUCGUAGGGCCUAUAGAAGGCUAUUCAGACACAUGGGUUGGAGUGGACUGGGACAAUGGACAAGGCAAACAUGAUGGAUCCAUCAAUGGUGUCCGAUACUUUCAUGCAAAGUCAGAAAGAUCAGCAUCAUUUGUUCGUGCCCAGAAUCUGAACCACGGGAUUUCAUUGCUGGAAGCCAUUGAAAGAAGAUAUAAAAGUGGCUCUACUAAAGAAGAAGAGGAUGAAAUGUAUGUCUUUUCAACAAGCAGCCAGCGAGUAUCUGUUCAACUUUUGGGUAAAGACAAAAUUCAGGAUAAACUAAGUCGAUUGGAGGAGUUAACCAGUGCAUCAUUGUCAUAUAUGGGCAUUAGUUCCCCUGGAAUCCCAUCUCACAUUAAUAAUACAGUGCCAAAUAUAAAAGAACUUGACCUGACUGGGAACCUGCUUUCAGAGUGGAAGGAUGUUGGCAUAAUUUGUGAACAGUUACCUGCUCUGAGGACAAUCAACUUAUCUAACAACUUAAUGUCACCAUAUAAAUCAGAGCUUCCAUUACUGGAAAGGAUCCAAGUUCUGGUUCUAAAUAAUACUGGUGUUGAUUGGGAGCAGAUUGAGCUGCUUAGAAAAUCAUUGACAACAAUUGAAGAGCUACAUAUAUUGGGAAACAAUAUAAGCAGAAUUCUGCCUGGGUCAUCCUCCGUGGUUCAAGGAUUUGAUUAUCUGCGGCUGUUGAAUUUGGAAGAUAAUUGUAUAGAUGAAUGGAAUGAAAUCAUGAAGCUUUCUCAGCUAAGAUGUUUGGAGCAGCUUUAUUUAAACAAGAAUCAUUUGAAUUCUAUCUUUUAUCCUGAUAAUGGUGGGCAGUAUGAAUCAGAAGUUACAUGCAAUAAACCCUUCCAAAAUUUACGCCGCCUUCUAUUGGGUAAUAACAACAUUGGUGAUCUGGUCUCUGUUGACUCAUUAAACUUGUUUCCUAACUUGGUGGAUACCAGGCUCUCUGAGAACCCAAUUACUGAUUCUAGAGGAGGUGGAGUCCCAAGAUUUGUUUUGAUUGCUCGUUUAGCAAAAAUUCAGAUAUUUAAUGGAAGUGAGGUUACACCUCGUGAAAGGAAGGACUCUGAGAUUAGGUAUGUUCGGCUUGUCGUCUCAAGGUUGCAUGCUAAUCCAGAAGAAAUCAAACAGCAUCCCAGGUUUUACGAGCUUAAGAAGAUUCAUGGAAUUGAAGAUGAAAGACCUUCAAUUGGAGCUACUGCCCCACAAACAAUCAGCUCAGGAUUAUUGUCCAUCACUCUGAAUUGUGUCGGAGCAUCCUUGGGUGAGAAGCCACCGUUGACAAAGAAGCUGCCAGCAACAACUACAGUUGGUAAACUGAAAUUUCUUUGCGAAAGCUUUUUUAAGCUGAAGUCCGUGAAGCUAAAACUAUAUCUUCAAGAAGAGGGUUCUCCAUUUCCCAUGCUGCUCGACAAUGAGACCUCAUCUCUUAUGGACCUUGGAAUUGGCAAUGAUUCCAUUAUCCUUGUAGAUGAAGAAAGUUAAUAAAUGUAUCAGAAAAUUUGUGAAAAGCUUCUCUUGUGCUGAAGACUGUGUCAUGUUCUGACUAGCUGAAAUUACUCGCGGAAGUGUGGCUUUAAAUUGAAUACAGAUAUUUGUUAGUGAUACACCUGUUGUGUUGGUCAGUUGAAGUUCUUAUCAGUGGUUUUGAUGCACUGCUUGAUCGGAUGAUCCAGUCCAUCCCUUGCCAGUUGCCACAACUGUUUUCUGUAAAUUAUGAGUUAUUUUGAUUCAAUUGCAAACAGAUUUGGGUCUUAUAUUCAAGUA